CCGGUGCCGGCGGUCGUCGUCGCAGCCCCCAGCACGCGCACCCGCCCAAGUUCGAACGGCCCCCUCUCUCCCGCCUCCGCCAGUCAGCCGCCGCCGAGCCCAUCCGCUUCCGGCCGCCCGGAGAACCUGCUUCUCUUCUGCUGCGAGCCUGUUUGUUGUUGUUGAUAGCGAGAGUUAACCAUGGCAGACAUGCAGGAUAACAUGAAGUCUGGCCAAGACCAGCACAACUGUGCAGUGAGUAAUAGCGCCGACCCUAAAAACAUGCAGGAAUUGACGACCUAUGUUCAAACCCUGCUGCAAGGGAUGCAGGACAAGUUCCAGACCAUGUCUGAUCAGAUCAUCAAUAGAAUAGAUGAAAUGGGGAACAGGAUAGACGACCUGGAAAAAAACAUUGCGGACCUCAUGACCCAGGCUGGAGUUGAUGGUCCUGAAAAAUGAUAAUACUUAUUCACGUUUAUGUUGAAAUUAUCAUUUUAUAUCUCUUUUUCCAAUACUAUUGUAUCAUAUUUUAUUUGCAUUCCUACUGUGCUACUACUAAUAUCAUUAUUUAUUAUUAUAAAUCAUGAAUAAAUUUGUGGAACAAUUGUA